CGUUGCUGCGGGGGAGGGGUAACGGUGUGAUAGUCAUUUUAGGGGCUGAGAGGCGGACAGGUCCCUUUCCAGUUAGUCAGUAUCUUUGGUGUAGUGCGGACAUUUCGGUUAAUUACACAAGCUAAUGGUGAUAUCUGUCCUUAUAAAGAGACGCAACGCGGGUGCAAACUCAGUCAUUUUCCAAGCUCGGAGUGUCUUAUAUAAAAGCGACGAAGGCGAUGAUCAUGUGGAUUUACAGGGCACUGCUGUGUGUCACUCUUGUAGUUUACUCAGUGAGCAAGAGGAACUUUCUUCAGGACUACCAGAAGACCGACGGGGUGCGCCUGGUCAGGUCAAAUAGCUCCCACCUGACCAAGAGCAGGGGUCUGAGUGUGGUCAGGUGUGCCCGGAGGUGUAGCCGUGGCAAGAGAAUGCCUUUUACCUGCAGAGCGUUCUACUUUGACCAGAAAAACAGGAAAUGCCAUUGGCUGUCCUUCGACAGCUACACUCCCGGUGUUCAGACGGAGCACGAUUUCAACUUUGACCUCUACGAGAAGAAAGACUACGUGAAGCAGUGCAUCACCGGCGCCGGGCAGAACUACAAGGGGACGCGGUCCGUCACCAAAUCCGGCGUCAGGUGCCAGGCCUGGGCGUCGACCAUGCCGCAUGAGCACAAGUACCUGCACGUGAGAGACCGGAAGACCGACCUGGCCGAGAACUACUGCCGUAACCCGGACAACGAGACGACGGGGCCCUGGUGCUUCACUGUCGACCCCGACCAGCGGCACGAGACCUGCGCCGUCCCCCAGUGCUCCGACGUGGUGUGCAUGAAGUGCAACGGGGAGGACUACAGGGGGCCCGUGGACCGCACCGAGAGCGGGAAAGAGUGCCAGCGAUGGGACCUGAUGGAGCCGCACAGGCACCCCUUCCACCCGAAAAGGUACCCCGACAAGGGCCUGAAGGACAACCUCUGCCGCAACCCCGACGAUCGUCUGCGGCCCUGGUGCUUCACGCUGGACCCCAGAACGCCGUGGGAGUACUGCGACGUCAAAGCGUGCGACUCAGACCCCGAGACCGACGCGCACUCGACGACCGAAUGCUUCCUGGGUCAGGGGGAGGGGUAUCGGGGCACGGUGGGCGUGACCCCCAGCGGGGUGACGUGUCAGCGGUGGGACUCCCAGGUCCCCCACAACCACUCCUACAGCCCCCAGAACUACAAGUGCAAGGACCUGCGGGAGAACUACUGCAGGAAUCCGGACGGGGCCGACCUGCCCUGGUGCUUCACCACCGACCCCGGCGUGCGCAUGGCCUUCUGCACCAACAUCCCCCGCUGCGAGGCCGACGCCCGCGAGCCUGAAGAAUGCUACGAAGGCGUCGGGGAGAAGUACGGGGGCCGCCUCUCCAAGACCAGAUCGGGCAUUCCCUGUGGACCUUGGGAGGACCGUAGCAGAAGCGGUGACAGGGAAGCCUCAGCGUUAGCUGCCGGGCUGGAGAUGAACUACUGCAGGAACCCGGAUAAGGAUAAACAUGGGCCCUGGUGCUACACCAAUAGCUCAUCCAUCCCCUGGGACUACUGCAUGAUUAAGCCCUGUAAGCUGCCCUCGAAUACAGCUGCUCCAAAAAGCGAUACACCGAAGGUUCCCUGCUUCUUCCACAAAACCACGCGGAUCGUCGGGGGCGACCAUGUCCGGGGCAAAGACGGAAGCUGGAUGGUCAGCAUACAGAAGGGGAACAUACACUGGUGUGGUGGCACACUCAUACGAGAGAAGUGGGUCCUGACGACCCGGCAGUGCUUCUCCUCAUGCGUUCCCGACCUGUCCGAGUACAGCAUCUGGGCGGGGUUCCUCCACCUCAACGGUUCGGGCGGGGGGGCCCCCUCGAGCCGGCAGGAGCUGAGGAUCGCCCACAUCAUCUGCGGCCCCGAGGGCUCGGACCUGGCUCUGCUGAAGCUCUCCCAACCCGCCAUGCUGGGCGAGCGCGUGGACACCAUCCUCCUGCCCGUUUCGGGGUGCGCCAUGAAGGAGGGAGUCGUCUGCAGCAUGUACGGAUGGGGCGAGACGCAAGGGACCGGACAGGAAGGGGUGUUGAAAUCGGUGCAGCUGCCGAUCGUGAGCAACGGGAAGUGCGUGGAGUUCCACCGCAGAAACAUCCAGAUAACCGACACCCGGAUCUGCGCCGGGGGGAGGAGGAACGAGGGCGUGUGCGACAAGGACUACGGCGGGCCCCUGGUGUGCCAGGAGGGCGAGAGCAAAGUGAUCGUGGGCGUGAGCGUGCACGGGCGGGGCUGUGCCCUGGCCAACCGGCCGGGCAUCUUCGUCAACGUGCCCUUCUACACCGACUGGAUCCACAAGGUCUUCAUCCACUACUCGCACCUGGAGGAGAACCAGUAGGGCUGCGGGUUCGAGGCCACUUUCAAAAUGGCCGGACUCAAAAAAACCGAUGCUGACAUCUGUGAUGUUAAAGACCUGUUUCUUUUAAUAAACCCUAAUUAGGGUUCUUGUUUUUUUGGGUUUUUUUGCGCUGUUGUCUCACUCCCACCUCUGCAGUUUUCCAGAAGCGGCGUCGUCCGGGACUCCGUGGACCUCCAGGACACAGAUGUUUGUGGGAAAAUUAAUGAUGGGGAUCGAAUGGAAUGAUGGGAAUCUCAAAUGUGUUUUGAAAACUGCUAGGCUCUCAUGAAAAGAUGAAGGAUUGAACUUUUUCCACAAGCUUUUAAAAAAAAAUAAUGUUUUUCUGCAGACAAGACGGCUCGUAUCAUUCAACAGACUUCACUGUAAUGUUUCCCUUGAGUUACAAACGGUAUGAAACUUAUCUCACCACUUACAGUAGAUUCAGUUCCAACCCAUCCUUAAGUUUCAAUAAGACAUUUAUUUUUUAUUUUUGUUCCUGUGGUGUUUUCAGUUCAUUUCAGCAGCUGCCAGAUUCAUAAUUUUUGGAUACUCAACAAAAUAAUUGAGCAUUUUCCUAAUUGGUGCCUAUGUGCUAUUGAUACUAUACAGUGUCAAUGACGUACAAAGAAGCAAAAAUCCUGUUCAUACUCUGCGUACAUCAAAGUUGCUAAUGGGAGAUCAAGAAGAAAACCUUGUGAAAAACUUGUUUACCCACCCAUAAAGCAACAGAAAGCAGGAACUGAAUUUUCUGAUUAACGGAUUUUCUAAUUCCCAGAUGAUCCCCUAAAUCACAGCAGAAGUAUUUCCACUGAUUCUGAGUGUGUGUAAUUCAUUUCUUUUGGCAUGUGUUUUUAUGCUGAUGUUUCAUAUAUUUACAUUCACAUUUCAUUUGAUACUGCCUAAACAUGGUAACACAUCUACCAUUAGCAACAUGCAUAUUCUGAAUUUGACAGAUGUUAUUGAGCAAUAUGGAGAAUACUCACAGUGAAGAUUGUAUAGAUGUUAUCAACAGUAUUUGUACUUAUUUGGAUUUGUGUUUUAAAUAUUGUCUCCUGGAAGUACUUGAAUGUGUCCGAAACUAAAGCAAAUUGACUCCGUAGCCUGGAUCAACAUUUGUCAAUCAACAUUUGUCCUUGACUUAGUCUCCCAAUCAAGAACAAAUAACGUGUUUGACAACCAAUCAAAAUGAAAUCUUAAUUUCUAAAUUUUCCUAAUUCAGCGGUCCCCAAUAUUAUUUCAGCAAUCGGUGAAUGUGUGUUCAAAAAAAACAAACAAACAAAAAAAAUCUUUUUACUAUUUUUUAAACUAGUUUUAUGUUAAUGACAAAUGUUGGCUGAAUUCGGGCCUGUGUCUCCUUUAGGACGGAUCUAUGGCUUUAGCCCACUUCUGCGUCACCCCAAACUACGCCGUUUUGAAAUUGCAUUCACACUGAGCACCGUUGUGUAUAUUCUUUAGGUUUAUGGGGGUAUUUCUGACACUCCGUAAUGUUCGGUAGGUCUUAUAGAUCUGUAUUAUGAAAAGGUUACUAAGUUAAGUGGCAUCUCCCAGUUUAGUGUUACUUUUUAUGUUUUUUUUUUUUCAAUUUUUUUUAUUUUUUUUUUAGAAUUUGUUUAGCCCAAAUAAUGUCUAGUAUGCAUUUUCGUUUGUGCAGUUACUGUUGAAAGAGGAUGUUUGCACUCUGAAUCUGUUUGCUUAACAUCGUAAAUUUCAUAGUGUUAAAAAGUGGCUUCAUCAAAUAGAUUCUAAUCCAAGUCAACGCAGAUUUUCCCACAUUUGAGUCGAAAGCCAGAUUCGUGACGAGGAUUGCCAGCGAACAACCACAAACAACCGUUCCGCAAUGCAGUGUGUCGGUUGGUUUGUCUGGAAAAGCCGUUUCCUGCAGAGACACUCUUCUUAACAGUGAAUUGGGGAGAGUUUUGUGGCAAGAACGAGUUAGAUUUAUUUGUCUAUUUUGUUGGACUGUACAGUUCACGUAUCAUUGCAGCCUCCAUGAGAUGGCCAGCUGACCUGAGUCAGAGUAUUAUUUCACAGUAAAUACCUCUUUAAUUGACUUCUUUACAUGCUGGUAAAAUCAUUGAACACUCCUGUAGAUCUCUGACGAUUUUCAGUGAAACUCGUUACUAACGAAAGCAUGCAAUGUUAAUUGUCGGUAAUGGCACUGGUGGAGUUGAAGCAUUUCAAAUGAAAUGUUUGGCCCUGGUCUGAAGGUCACGCACUAUCAUAAAACCAUUAAAGAAGUCUUUCAGUGUAAUAUUACACUUAGUAUUUACAACAGUAACUGUUAGGCUACUGUGGUUAGCCUAAUGGCUUCACUGUGGGGAGGUAUUCAUUUUAUGUGAAGUGCGUACUUUUUUUGGUCACAACAAAAGGUGCCAUCAAGUUUUUGGUUUUGUUCCCCACCACUGAGAACACUAUAAAGCCAUGAAUCUCUCCUCUAAGCUCCAGAUAUUUUGUUGAAGUGGUAGUUUAUUUCCAAGAUAUUGAAAAGUCAGGUCAAUGUACGAAUAAUAAGGAUGAAAAUUGUCAGAAGUCAUUUUUGUUGUUUGUCGAUGUCGUCUUCUAUGAAAAGGCUUGCCAGUGUCGACAGGUCAUUCUCAGAAGUGGGCUUCCCUCCAUUUUGAAUUCUGCUGGACAGAAUGCUGCAUGCAUCUGUGUGUCUGUUGUUCUGAGUCUGUACAUUGGAGAAAGCAUGCAAAAUCUUGAGUGUUUUGCAUUGGGUAGAUUAGUAGAUAACUUGGCCCCCGAUACUUGGAAGGCCUUCCAAGGCAACCUACUGAGGAAACAAUUCAUCUAAACAUUGUCAGUUACACUAAAUAUUAUCUUAUUGAAAGCUGGGUUCGGCAUGUUUUCAAUGAAAGUGCGCCUUGAUUGAUGGUAGCUGCUUAGAUUGUGCGAGGGAAUGGAAGUCCGAAUUUCUAGACUGUCUUAAUUAUUCACCAACACGCAAGCCUUUUUUUUUUUAAGUGAAAUUUUAUACAUUAACAAAAUGUCUUGAUUGACACUAUUGAUAAAUUUCUGAAAUAUAAAGCACAGAACAAAGCUGGUUCUGUGAGAAUAACUGAAUUUAUUACUUGGCGCUGAAUAAGUCUUCUCCACAGAUGGACAUUGUCGCAUCCAGUGAAACAAAGCCAGUUAUUCUUUGUAGCCAAAGGCCAAACGUAGCACAGGGAGGUCUGUUUUAAAUCAAGCUAAAGGUAAUUUGCUUAGCUGUUCUGUUGAAAGUUCCAGUUUCCCUCAGUUUCCUUAGCCUUUAUCUGUUUCCUUGUUUUUCCCAAUGUGAGGGUUACUUUAGCUUCUCGUGCUAGCAGGCCUGGGUCAAAUACUUCAUUUGAAAUAGUGUAAUCCCUUACAAAAUUACAAAAGGCAACUGACGUUUUAAAAAAUUAACAACCGUUCCCAUUCUCGCCAAUAUUCAGUUCAAAAGACCUUCGUAUUUUUAUACAUUUUGGUUUGUAACGUACUAUUGAAAAUUCUCAGGGAUUCACAGGAGUUUUUUUUUCAGAUUUUUUGCCAUCUUAUUAAAGUUUAACCAUUUCAAAUGUGACCCCUGGUCGCUCUGCUGGGUGUCUGUGAGCAGUCCUCUUGGGUAUGGGUCACCACACAGGACUGGCCCCAGGUUCUGGUUUUAACAUUCCCCUAAUUUUACCGUUCCUUACCCACCAUCAUGAAUGGUCCAAGUGGUUGAUGUGGAACAAUGAAGCUUACUAGAAAAUACCUGCUUCCUUCUCUCGCCAUUCGCAGUUCAAAACCAAUUCAUAAGUUGCACUAACCAGUGAGUGUUUUUGUCAGUAUAGUGUUACCAUUUGCUAUGUUUAGUACAUUAGAACAUGUACAAUAGAAACUUAAAAUAUUAAAUCUUACUGCAACUCCUGUAUCGCAGUAAAUCAUUUUUUUUUUUUUUUUUUUAAUCAUGCACUGAGUAAUCUAUCUUUAGUAUUUGACUUUAAUGGAAGGGGAAAUUCCAAAGGGAAUUAAUAAUUUUGCUUUUAGUAUUUCAGAGUGCUCUCCUAAUUGAAUUUGACAGAUAAUAGAAUUCCAACAAAGGUGAAGUCUUAUCCAUUAUUCAUCUCCCCCCACAACUUGUGUAAAAAGAAUUUUAAUGCAAACAUAUGUCUAUGAAACAAGGGCAGUCCCUGAAACCUCGACAUCUGUUGCCUUGGCUACCAAGUGAUAGGGCAGGACAUGGGGAGGGGUAACGAGUACAGUUAAGUGGGAUAGUUAGCAUGCACCGCCCCACUUUAUGGGAAGGAGUAUUUCUUGUUAUCUAUUCUCCAUUGUGUGAUGAAAUACUCUCCUACUGUGCAUUGGCAGGGUGUGGGGAUCACUGUCUUUCAUUGCUCAGCUUUCACACACAAAUGAUCUCCGUUUCAAGCAGGUUUUUCGCAAGAUCUUUUAAAGCCUGACAUACAGUUCAUAGAGUCCACAGUAUGCUGGAAAAAUCUGUCUUGUUUACAAGCGAUGGUACUUAAGCAAAAUGUUCCUGUUUUGUUCCAGGGUACGUGUUUGUACACAUUUUUGUCUUGAUUUCUGGAGUUUCAGUUGGCCAGAAGUGCGUGAGGUCACAGAUGUGUUGGGAAAUAAAUCAUUUAAAGUUGCGUUACGUUUGGUCCAAACACGCUAUUGUUUUUAUUGUUUUUAUAACUGUCACCACCAAAUAUUCUGCCUUAAAUUUAUGAGGUUUCAUGAAGCAUCAGGAAUGGCUGUGGCUAAAUACUUUGAAGCUUUUAUUAUUUUUUGACAGUACAAAUAUUGAAUGGCAAUGUAAUUUUGUUCAAAUAUGUUUUUCUAUAUACAAGAAGAAGAAUGUGUUUUUUAUCUUGCUCCUUCAUGUUAUAACCUUUCUGGGGGGAUUGUCUUGUUUGCCAUAUAAAGUGUAAUUAUUCAGGUGAAAUGUAAAAUACUCUUCUCUGUUAGAUGAAAGUAAAUGGAUCCUGUUCAUAAUAUCCUAUCCUAUUUUUUCUAUGUUUACUGUGUUUGUAAAAUAAAAUGCUGCUAUACAGAUAAGUUGUACAAAGUUCCAGAAUGUCUCAAAAUUCCAAAGAUCUGUUGUGUCACUUUUUUAUUUUAUAAUUAUUAUUUUUGUUAUUAUCCUUUUCAUAGCACAAUUUCUCAAUAAACUACGACAGUACUCUCCAAUGUCUUAUUCUACUCUUAGGAUAAGUUGUGAAUACCCUUUUUUUUAAAAAUAUUUUUUAUUGUAUUCUUUUGAAAUUCAAUAAAUGUAUUUAAAACUUUGA